AUGAUAGAAGAAUACAGAAGUCUUGAGUUUCUUAGCAAUCACCAACAUUUCAAAGUAUGCCUCUAUUUGAUUUUAAGUAACUGUACCAAAACUGACAAAGAGCGGAAAAAAGCUGUUGAAGAUAUAGCAAGAGCUUUGACUGCUCUUCGGGAGCUGCUAACGGAUAAGUCAGAUACUCGAUUGACUGGCAAAGAACGAGAUUCAGAAUUAUCGAACUCUGAACGAGCACGAAUUAAUGAAAUCAUAACAGAUGUAACUCAUGAAAUCAUCAACCUCAAUCUUUUGCCGCUUCUUGUAAACAAUUUGGAUGUCAUCGAGUUUGAGAGUUCUAAACAUAUCGUUGAUCUUUUCGGCCAUAUUAUGAGGCGACAGGUCGGAUCUUAUAAUCCUGCAGCUCAAUAUCUUUUGGCUAACUCUCAAAUUUUAAUAUCUAUUCUUCAAGGAUACUCCAAACCUGACACUGCUAUACACUAUGGUGCAAUGCUUCGGGAUGCAUGUCGACAUGAAUCUUUAGCUAAAGUUGUUCUUCGUUCACCAGAAUUUUAUCAGUUAUUUGAACAUGUACAAGGCACAGCAUUUGAUGUGAGCUCAGAUGCUUUCGCUACAUUGAAAGAUUUGCUUACUCGUCAUAAGGCUCUUGUAGCAGAUUUUCUAACAGCUAAUUAUGAUGUAUUUUUUGACCAUUAUAUGCAUAUGAUUUUAUCAGAUAAUUACGUCACAAAAAGGCAAGCAUUAAAGUUGUUAGGAGAGCUUUUACUUGAUCGGCAUAACAUCUCAAUAAUGACCAAAUAUAUUGCAGACCCGGAAAACCUCAAAGUCAUUAUGAAUAUGUUGAAAAGUAAAGAAAAGCAAAUUGCUUUUGAAGCGUUUCAUUGUUUUAAGGUCGAGAGGUAUUUUUUCGUUAAUUAAUUCACUUACAAGUCUAUAGACUCAUUAAUAGAUAUCAUUUAAGUAAAUGAAUAUUUAUGCGAAACAGCUUCAGUGAUUGCUCUUUCAGCCUAACAUAACCUACGCAAUGUUCGUAACUCACUUUCUUGCUGAAAUGGUAAGUUUGUAAUAAACAAGUAUCAUAGCACAAUUUUGAAGAUUUCAAGGUAUCAUUGGUGGAAACAGCAUUUUAUGACGGCUGUUUAACCGUAUAAAGUGUGACAAAUAUGCAUUGAUGAACGAAGCUGCCGUUUUAUAUAUUUUAGUUCGAGUGCGGCGUGAAAAUCAUACCAGCUUAUUGAUUACAGCAUUGUAGUUACCCUGUUCUGUUUAGAGCGAAUGUUUCGAUUUAUCUUAAUAUUCUAAUUUUUGCUUACAUAACUCGCAUUGAAACCCGAGACAAAAGAGUCUUGUGAUUUUUUGACAAUGUUUUCAUGGGUAACAAAUGAGCUCCCAUGUUUUAACAAAGUUCAUUGAUACUGUCAUCAAAUGUACUAAUCUCAAAUAUUAAUAAUCCUGUUGCAUUGCUAUAUCCUUUUUA